ACAUCUUAACUUGGCAUGCACUACUACUGCUAGUUAGGCUACUAGCUAUAGCUAGCUAGCCAUCUAGUACUGGUACCAACCAACCAGCAGAGCUCGAUCAAACCCAUGGCAUGAACUCCACCGCAACCGCGAUCCAGCUACCUAGCAGAUGGCUGCCAACUACUACUGGGGUAUGUGGGGCGCCGCCACAACCAGUAGUACAGCUGCUACCUGCCCGGCGCCGGCGUCAGCAGCUGAGCCGUCUUGGGAGGAGCAGGCGUUCGCGCGGGACGCCGCGGGCCACCUUGGUGCCGGCUGCGUGUGGCCGCCGCGCUCCUACACCUGCACCUUCUGCCGCCGAGAGUUCCGGUCUGCGCAAGCGCUCGGCGGCCACAUGAACGUGCACCGCCGCGACCGAGCUCGUCUCCGGCAGUGCGCCUCCCCGCCAGACCAUCAAGCACAGCCCCAGCCCACAAGCCCUCAUGAUCAUCAUGAGCACCUUCAGCCAGGGAUGCAGUAUAGGGCGGCAGUGCGCCCUGAAUCUCCACAGGAUCAGCAGGCCAGCAUGAUAGGCCCCUCUACUACCUCUCCUUCCUAUAUAUCAAGCAUCAUCAAAGAGAGCAGGAACAAGGUGUUCAUCUCCAUGCCUGCUGAGGAAGCCUCAGAAAGCGGCGAUGAGGGGGAAAGGAGGAAGCGCAGGCGUGUCGAUCAGCCUCCAGCGGUGGCGCUACCGUUCUUCCUGCGGCGGUCACCAGCAUCAAGUGAAAGAGAGGGAAUGCAAGGAGCUGACGGCGGUGAUACAAAGGUACCCAAAGCAGCCCCAAGCCCUAGCCUUCUCCUUCUUGGAGUAGGCCGGCAAGAAGUGGAUCUAGAGCUUAGGCUUGGGACUAGCUAGCUUCUGCUCCCAAAGUUGCAUGAUUUAAUCUUCUAAUUUUGCACUUCCAACUCGAUCGUGUGCGUGGGUGUUCAUGCUUCAGUUCUUCUUUUCCCCCUCGGUCUCUAUCUCGUUUGUGCUUAAUUCUUUUUUAUUUGCCCUUAGUCAAUUUAUCCGAAUCCAAAGGCUUGUUUCUCUACAUAUGUGUGUAUAUAUGUAUGUCGAUCGAACUCUGCAAAAGCUCAAAUCAAAUCAUGUUACAAUUUGUACCUCCUAUCAAGUGUUUAAUUUGAUUAUGCUCUUCUAUGA